UACAAAUCACUGCUUUACCCUUGUUUCUGUUAUUACAGUCUGUUUUUCCAUGAUGUUUAUUAAGUUGUUUAUAUUGUCCUCUCCCGUGCUAGAAGACGUGCUGGAUGAAGUUGAACUUUCGUGACGUUCUGAUAUGAAUUGUGUUUCACUAUCAACGGCAUUUGCAGUUUUAUUGAUGUUUGGUUUAUGCUUGUCCACAUUUAAAUUAGCAUUUUCUUGCUCUAAGGCUGUACUCACAAAUAGUGAGUUAUCCAAAUAUUCGUUCAUUCAGUCUCCUGCUUGGCACACGAUUGCAUGCGAUUCCGCCAUUCCUUUAAUUAUACUCAAUUUUGCAGUGUUUGCUGCAAUUUCUGUUUCAAGUUCCAGCUGUUCCUUUCUGGCCUUCAAAACAGCUUCCUCCUUUUCCAAUGCUUACUUCUGAGUCAACCUAGCUGCUCGUGCUAACAAUUCUGCCUUUUGACUUUCCAAUUCUAUUUUAGCAGAGGUGAUAGAAGACAGAGAGGAUUUCCUGGAACUUUGCGAAUAAACACUCCUUACAUUUGAAAUACUGUCCUGAGGUGGAACACAAAAUAUUAUUUUAUGUUUGUCUGGACCACAUUGGACACAGGAGCAUCAGCGAUCCAGUUUGAGACCUCCUGAGUAAACUCUUCCAAGGCAGCUGCUUUGGGGUUGUACCAUUCAUCUUGAUACAUUUCCACCUCUUUCUCCUCCUCAAUGGACUUUAAAGCUCGAACAGAAUCAUUGAACUCUUCCAUUUCCUUGCGUAGUUGUAUAAAUUCUCUUUCCAUUUUUGACUUAACCAGUUCCACAUUGCAGACAUUUUUCUUAUUUCAUUUAUUUUCCUUGUCAAUGCACCCAAUGUUGCACUCCUUGAUGAUUUCAGUCGCUUGAGCCUUUCCAUAUACACAGAGUCAAUGUCACUUUCCAAGCUUGCAAUUUUUUAGUUUUUUGUUCAAGACAACACAUUUAUUCCUUUUGAAUUGUACUUAAUUGUUUAUGAACUUGCAUUGUCUUGCUUUCAUUUCCAUUGCAUUUUGUACUGUUUUCCGCUAGUUGAGAUGUUUCCAACAGCUUUUCCGUCUUUGAACGCUCCACAGCAGUGACGCGUAACAUACGUAAUUGGCGGAGGAGCGAUCGUUGCCUUCAGUCAUUCACAACACCGCUGUUCCCGGAAGCAGAAGCCGUAGAAAAACGAAGGCGAGUGUUUGGCAUACUGUUAUGAGUUGAGUUCUUGGUUUCAAAACAAACAUUUCCACGGACCAGCGCUCAUUAAGCAAGUGAUGUACCGACCGGCCUUGGUGGCACUUGCAGUGCUGCUCUGCUCUUCACCCUUUGUCCAUGGAGGUAAAGUGUUGGUGGUCCCCUUGGAUGGAAGCCACUGGAUCAACAUGAAAGUUCUUGUUGAGGAACUUCACUCCAGAGGUCAUACAAUCACAGUGUUGAGGUCAUCAGACAGCAUGUACAUCAAGCAAGAGUCUCCUUACUAUGAGUCCAUCACUAUGGAUUCCUCUGCUGGUUUUAAUAAGGAAAUCUUUGGGUCAUUUACAACAACAAUGAUAAACAUGCGGCGGAGAGGAGCUUCACUUUGGUCUCGUAUAUCUCUGGAGUAUGAAAUGGGGAAGCAGUUUUCUCAGAUGCACAAAAAUCAGGUUGAGAUGGUAGGGGACAUUUUUGAGAAUACCCAACUGAUGCAGAGCCUGAAUGAUGCCAAGUAUGAUUUGGUUUUGACAGACCCUGGACUCGGUGGAGGGGUGUUUCUUGGUCACCGUUUGGGUCUUCCACUUGUCUUCAAUGUGAGGUGGACUGUUCAGGGGGAUGGUCAUGAUGCAAUUGCCCCUUCCCCAUUGUCAUAUGUCCCAAUAUCAGGGACAGAGAUGACUGACAAGAUGACUUUUCCUCAACGGGUCAAGAACUUACUUAUGUAUGUCUUAACACGGUUUCUAAUCUGGCAUAUCACAUAUUCAAACUACACACCAUUUGUCCAGCGUUACUUUGGAAAUGAUGUUCAUUACAUGGACCUUUUUCAGGCAGCAGACAUCUGGUUAAUGAGGAACGAUUUUACCUUUGAGUUCCCAAGACCCACAAUGCCAAACAUUGUCUACAUGUCAGGAUUUCAGUGCAAACCCUCCAAGCCCCUGUCUAAAGAAUUAGAAGACUUUGUCCAGAGCUCUGGUGAACAUGGUGUUAUCGUUAUGACUUUGGGAACCCUGGUAGCAGCACUUCCUGAAGAUAUUACUGAGGAAAUUGCUGCUGCUUUUGCCCAACUUCCUCAGAAGGUGAUCUGGAGGCACAAAGGCAAAAGACCAUCAACCCUCGGCAACAACACCUUACUGUUGGACUGGCUGCCUCAAAACGACCUCCUGGGUCACCCCAAGACCAAAUUGUUUGUGGCCCACGGAGGCACCAAUGGAAUCCAGGAGGCCAUCUACCACGGUGUACCCCUUGUGGGCCUGCCCCUCAUGUUUGACCAGCCUGACAACUUCUUCAGGAUGAAAGCAAGAGGUGUGGCCCAAGUCCUGGACAUUGCAACUGUGAACAAAGACAACUUCCUGGAGGUGCUGAAGGAGGUACUCUAUGACCCAACCUACAGGGAGAAGAUGAGGGUGCUGUCUAACCUGCACAGAGACCAGCCCAUGAAACCACUGGACAAGGCCAUGUUCUGGAUCGAGUUUGUGAUGAGGAACAAGGGAGCAGCACAUCUAAGGACAGAGUCUUACAAGAUGUCCAAGAUCCAGUACCAUUCGAUCGAUGUGGUAGCGUUUCUACUGGCAGUUAUGUUGCUAUUAUUAACAGUUUUUCUUGUUGCAGUUAAAGUUAUGUGGAAAUGUUUGUUUUAUAGAAGCAAGGUCAAAAGUGAAUAAUGAAUAUACUGCUACAUACACAGUCGUACAUUUUUCUAAACAUUUAUACUUGGUAACUAGUCUGAACUGUAUUAAGAUGUAUUAUGAGCAUGUCUUACAUUGUUAUCCUAACAUGCUUUAGUGUGUGUAUCCAGGUUUUAGAAAAUGUUGUCGGUAUAAUCUUUUUUUAUUAAUUUCACAAAUAGCUGUAUAUUACGAUUGUCUGUCAAUAAGACUGGGGGAAGGACUACUUGAUUUUUGAUUUUAUCAUGAUUUUUAGCUUUGAUAUGACGUUGUUCUGUGAUUGUUCCACGAAUCUAUGUGUAUAUCAGUUUCUGUUUAUUUCUCACACUCAUCUAGUAUUUCACAUUAUCCUGUUGUCUUUUUUAAUGAUCAGUUGCCUAUAUUUGAGAGCUAAGAGUCGUGUAGGGAGACAUGAAUACUGAGGGGUAGGACAACAAAGGUGCAGUAAAGGUCCCCAGCCAAACCUGGGACCUUUUAGUUAUUUGGUUAGCACCAUUGAAGCUUAAAUAUACAAUGUGUAAGAUAAGGCCAGCAUUUUGGUUUAAAAAAUGUCCCACACUAUCAUGUAUGUAAUAUGUUAGAAAGCUGACGUUAUGUUGAAAACCAUAAUCAAACAAAUCUACUAAUAUUAGCAUGCUUAGCAGAGCUUGGUGCAAUCUGUCAUGUAAUACCACUUUUUAUUUUAGAGGCCUUAGUGUCUCACUGUGACAUCCAGUAUGCCCUCAGUUCUGAGGACUAAGAAGUAGCGUCGAUCCAAGGGUUUAUCAAUACUGUAAUACAUCCAUUGUACAUUUUUAUAUUGGAUUUAAUUAAAAAUACACUUUAUAGAUCGGGUAGCUGUAGGGGGAUGAUGAACCGAUAUUAAGGCCACGCCCCACAACGUCUCGAGCAAAUCAAGAGUUGAGCACAGCCACUUGGCUUCUACGUUAGCACCACAGUUUGGCUAGAAUGACUACUACUAAAACCUAACCAUGAUACCUUUUAUAAAUACAUUUAUGAUACAAUUGAGACUUGCUCAAUGACACACAUUUGUAAUUCAUGUUUCAGUCGGAGUCAUCUGCAUGUCUGCUGUCACUGUUAUUAUUACACACAGUUUAAAUUGAAUGCAGCUGUGUGAAGCACUUUGGAGUGGGAAACACUGGAGGCCUGCCCCUACUCCCCACCAGAUCAGGACACUUUCUGUGGCUACCAUAACACAGGCUAACGCCACAAAUAAACAUUACAAGAUUGCAUGGUGUUAUUUGAUCUGUUCGUUGAGUUUCAUUAGUUUGGUGGAAGUCUAUCUGGGCAAAAGUCAAACUGACAAAGGGUACUUUU